AGCUUUGCGAUUACCGCGCUUGUGUGUUGAGUCGUUACGUCGUGCUAAACUUCUGACAGAGAGAGGAGUGGACAAGAGUUCUUGUAGGAUUGAUCGUGUAGCUUUUUCGUCGUUUAUUCGAGAUAAUUGAUAUUUUAUUUCUUGACACAGUGAUAUCAAAUUGAAUUAAAAGAUGCCGCGAAUAAUGAUAAAGGGUGGAGUGUGGCGUAACACGGAGGAUGAAAUUUUGAAAGCGGCUGUGAUGAAAUAUGGGAAAAACCAAUGGAGUCGUAUCGCAUCUUUGUUGCACAGAAAAUCAGCGAAGCAAUGCAAGGCCCGUUGGUUCGAGUGGCUAGAUCCAAGUAUAAAGAAAACAGAAUGGAGCCGGGAAGAAGACGAAAAAUUGCUCCACCUUGCAAAAUUAAUGCCUACUCAAUGGCGAACUAUCGCACCUAUCAUUGGCAGGACAGCUGCACAAUGCUUGGAGAGAUAUGAGUAUCUACUUGACCAAGCACAGAAGAAAGAAGAAGGAGAUGAUGCUGUUGAUGAUCCUCGUAAACUGAAACCGGGUGAAAUUGAUCCUAACCCAGAGACAAAACCAGCAAGACCAGAUCCUAAAGACAUGGAUGAGGAUGAAUUGGAGAUGUUAUCAGAAGCGCGUGCUAGGCUCGCAAAUACUCAGGGAAAAAAGGCGAAACGCAAGGCACGCGAAAAGCAGCUAGAAGAGGCGCGUAGGCUUGCUGCGUUGCAGAAACGUAGAGAAUUAAGAGCUGCUGGGAUCACAGUUUCCCAAAAGAAUAAACGCAAACGAGGCGUCAAUUACAAUACAGAAAUACCGUUUGAAAAACGACCUGCAGCUGGUUUCUAUGAUACUUCCAACGAGCAUGUAGACCCUUUGGCAAUUGAUUUCUCAAAAAUGCGACAACAGCAUCUGGACGGUGAGCUCCGGCAGGAAAAAGAGGAAAUCGAACGCAGGAAAGACAAACAGAAAUUAAAGCAACGCAAAGAGAAUGAUAUACCUAUGGGUAUGCUCAAUAACGAGGAGCCUGUAAAGAAAAGGAGUAAACUAGUUUUGCCAGUGCCACAAAUCUCCGACGAGGAAUUACAACAAGUUGUGAAACUUGGUAGAGCUUCAGAGAUCGCGCGAGAAGUUGCUACUGAGAGCGGUAUUACGUUGUCGGACAGUUUGUUAGCCGACUACUCUUUACCCACGAACGCGGCGGUAACUCCUCGUACACCGGCCGCUACGGAUAGAAUAUUACAAGAGGCUCAAAAUGUGAUGGCUCUCACGCAUGUAGACACACCGCUGAAGGGUGGCAUGAACACGCCGUUGAAUAAUACAGAUUUUGCCGGUGUCGUGCCUGCUAGUAACGUCGUCGCAACGCCGAACACAAUUUUAGCCACCCCGUUUCGGUCGCAACGCAGCGAUGAAACGCCCGUGAAUUCCUUCAACACGCCAACAGGCGGGGCGUCAGUGCGAACGCAAAACGGAGUUCUGGCGGCAACGCCCGUUCGCGACAAGCUCAACAUAAAUCCCGACGAGAACGCGGACGGUUCGGAAACUCCGUUCAUACAGACUCAAGCGAAGACCUCGUUACGUGCGGCAUUAAGCUCUUUGCCGGCGCCGUGCAAUGAUUACGAGAUAGACAUUAAUGACGGAGAUAUAAAUGAGGAGAGCACUGGCGCGCCUGCGACUGAAAUCAUAGAGGACCAAGCGGAUGUCGAUGCUAGACAGCAACAGGAAUUACUAGAACAAAAGAAAAAAGAAUUGGCACGUAGAUCGCAAGUGAUACAAAGAGACUUACCGCGACCUGUGGAUGUAAACAUAAAUAUUCUGAGACCGCACAUGGAUGCACCGCUUACUGAUCUGCAAAGAGCAGAGGAGUUGAUAAAAAGAGAAAUGAUUACAAUGUCGUAUUAUGACUCACUGCACAAUGCCGUGCAGCCAAAUCGAAAGGGCGCCGCGGCGUCGUUAAAUCAAGCUCAAUCAUAUUUAGAACAGCAUCCGUAUGAAGUCUUCGAAGAAGAUGAUCUCGUUGCUGCCAAGAAAACGUUAGCCGACGAAACGAUAGUUGUAAAGGAAGGAAUGGCACAUGGGGAAUUAGGUUUAGAAGCUUACACCACUGUAUGGGAAGAAUGUCUGUCACAGAUCCUAUACCUCGAAACGCAGAAACGGUACACUCGUGCUGCGGUAGCCUCGAAGAAGGACAGGAUAGAGGUGUCCGAGAGGAAGUUAGAUGAGAAUCGUAUGCAUAUGACGGGCGAGGCUAAACGCGCUGCCAGAAUGGAGAAAAAGUUGAAAAUACUUACCGGCGGUUAUCAGACGAGAACACAGGUCCUGACGAAACAGCUGCAUGAACUGGGGGAGCACAUAGAGCAAGCCCAUUUGGAUUUGUCGACAUUCAAAUUUUUGCAAACGCAGGAAGAGGCGGCGAUUCCAAGAAGGAUAAACGCGCUUAUGGAAGACGUAAACAGGCAGACAGAACGAGAACGCUCGUUACAAAUGCGGUAUGCUCAGUUGCAAGACCAUUUGCAUCAGUGUUGAUUGAAAUAAUAUAUCUUAAAAAUACAUUAUAAUGCUUGUUGCAUAUUAUACAGCAAGCUUUAUUGCAACAUAUUUCUCACAUUAUUUUCCAGACUAUAUUUAAUUUUAAUAAAACUAUUAUAGUGUCAUUUUCAGAAUUAGUUAAGUUUAUAUCUUUACAUGCGCCUACGAUACUAAAUAAUUAUUAUACGAAACAAACAUGUCAUUGCAGUGUGCAUAUGCAGAUUUAAUUUUUCUUACAUCUCGUGAAAUGUGGCAAAAACGUUGCAGUAAAAGUGACAAAAUUUUGUUUUACGUAUUGUAAAAUACUUUAGUAAUAAAAAAUUUAUGUAUUAAGAUA